AUGCUCCGUCCUGCCAGCAGACUCCAGCCGCUCGCGCUCCUUGCGCUCCUGCUGCUGCUGAGCACGCGCGGCUCAGCUGUUCACAACGCCGCCACAGAGUCCGGACACACUAAACCGGCCCAGGACACUCAGGACGAGCCGGCGGAGGAGGACUCGAACCGGCCGAGGCACGGCGGGAGGCGGCUGGGGGACGCGGUGCGGAACGGCACAGAGCAGAGCCAGGUGGGCUGCAGGGAGCUGAGGUCCACCAAGUACAUCUCCGACGGCCAGUGCACCAGCGUCAACCCUAUCAAGGAGCUGGUGUGUGCUGGGGAGUGUCUGCCGUCCCACCUGCUGCCCAACUGGAUUGGGGCUUACACUGGGAGGCACUGGAGCCGCCCCGACUCCCAGGAGUGGCGCUGCGUCAUUGACCGGACCAGGAGCCAGCGGAUCCGGCUGCAGUGCCAGGAUGGCAGCUCCAGGACCUACAAGAUCACGGUGGUGACCUCCUGCAAGUGCAAGCGCUACUCCAGACAGCAGAAUGACUCAGGACACAAGGACACAUCUGUCCACAGUGGGAAAGAGAAGAAACAUCCGAGGAAGGCCGCACUGCCUGAGGAGACGGCCGCGAGGCAGUCCGACAACUAACAAAUAUUUAAGAGCCCGACCAGAUAGAGGUCAAAGUCAGUAGUGUGUGGUUUGUCUCCAAACGUAGAUUAUUGCAACAUAGAAAACAGUUUUAGUUCAAAACACAGUUUAAUAGGAAGAAAUACAGAUAUUUGCUUUUUUCAGAAUCGUGUGUGGGUAAGGUACCAACCUGGAGUCAGGAUAUGGUUAGCCUAGCUUAGCAUAUAAUCUGCAGGGGGAAACAGCUUGCCCAGCUCUGUCCAAACUUUAAAAAUACACAUACCUAUAUAAACACCUCGAAAGCUCACUGACUAACAUGUUAUAUAUCUUGUUUGUUUAUUCUGAAUACAAUCACAAAUGUAAAAAUGACAAUAUGGUUUUAGAGGGAGUCAUGCGCUCAUGGUUCAUUUGGUGCUCUACCUCGCUUAAACUACUCGCUCUUGCAUUUGUUCUGAAUCUGCCCCUAUGAGACACUAAUACUGUGGGCAUCCAACAUGGCCACUGUGGGGGGGAUGGGCGAGAUGCCCAAACACAGCAGGCAGUGUUAGCGAGUCUUAUGCUGGAUGUAGUUCUGUGCAACAGGGCAGAUAGUUCAUGUAAAAAUAAUAAAAAACCAGAAUCAAUUAUUAUCAUAGUUUAAGGCUCAACAGAUGUUGGAUUGUAGACUUGUAAAACAUAAUGUUGCCAUAAUUAAUAAAAGUUCCAAAUGUGAAGUUAGACUUAUACAAUAGUAGUAUGAAUGUAAUGUACAAUAUUUGCA